AUGGCGGGAGGUCGACGCAACGGACGGGGUGGCGGAAAGAUUGGAGGAAAAGUUAUUGAUACUGCUGGCAACACCCCUUUGACCAGCGCGGAUCACUCUCCGGAGACGAGUCCUCUAUUGUUGACGCAAGCUUCACCCCAAGCUCCCCUCACGACGGCAGUUAACGAUGUGCUGGGAGAGGUGGCGAAAAUCUCCCUGCAAGAGCGGUUGUCUGCUUUGAAGGACAACGAGCUUAAGGACAAUAAGGAGGGUAAUGAGACGCAGCAACCGCAACCGACCUCGUCAGCUGGCGGAUCGCCGAAUCCUGUGACAAUGGCACCUGCGGCUACGGCAGAAGGUUGCAGCAAAUACGUGGAUGAGGAUGAGUGCUGGGACAGUGACGACGAGGACGACUUCGACCCAACUGCGGUCAGCCUGCUCGCGUCCCAAGUCAGCUUCCCACUUACGCUUCUGAUCCCUAUUCAGUGGGAGAGCGAGGUCCCGAAGUUGAAGCCUACGGUCAUUGCGCACCUGGAUCACUGGAAGGCUUCGUUGACGGUCGACGCGCAGACGACCACGAAGUAUCAGGAGAUGCUGCCGCUGUGGCUGUCAAAGAAGCGAUACGAUCGGCUUCAAGUUACCUUUCAGCACGCGAGUGAUGCGGCUUCGGUCUGGCGGCGCUCCAUCGAGCACGAUGUGGGGAAGGGGGUUACUCUGACGCUUAACUGGCAGCACCCGGAGAACGCGACUUACAGGAAGGAGCGUCAGCAGAACCCAGAUGCGGUGGAAGUGCUGUUGAAGUAUGUUCCGGCUGGCGUCUCUCCAGAGCUGGUCCGUAAGAUGCUGACGGAGGUUGUGCUGCUCAAGAAAGGCAAACCUGCGUUCAGCAAAGGCGUGGGCUUCCACAGAGUGCAGGACCCAGCUGACCAGAACUUCUGGACUCAAUUGAAGCCGUCCGCGGUGGUGGCCGUGGGGCCAGCUGGGCCGGCAGGAGGAGUAGCUGUGGUGAGCUUUGUGCCUGGGAUGAGCUUCACGCACACGUACACACACGCAUCAGGAAGAUUGGUGGGGGUGGUGGUCCGUUGGGAAGAUCUAGAGCUGCUCCUUGUUGCGUUGUACUCGCCGGCGCAACUGGAGAUCAGGGCCCCUUUCUACAAGGACUGCCUGGGGCCUUUCCUGGGCACCUUACCAAAAAUGAUGAACGUCAUGGUGAUGGGAGACAUGAACGUGGUGGAGGACCCGGCGCUAGACAAGUCAACAGGUGUGGGGUCGUCGGCGGAAAACCGGAGGUUGAUGAGCUACUGGGCGAACUCCCCGCUCACUGAUGCGUUCCGUUUUAUGCACCCUGGCAAGAGGGAGUACACUUUCCACAUGAGGGCAAAGGGUGUGAGCACCAGGAUUGACCGCGCGCUAGUGUCACAAUCGUUGCUGUGCAAGCUGGUGGAUGUGCGGCACGCGGACAUUACAAACAAGAUGACGGAUCAUUGGAGUGCGGUGGUGGUCGCGCUGGAGUCGUCGGCGGCGGUCGAGAGUGGUCCCGGAAUCUGGCGGCUAAGGGCGGUACAGGCAAAAAAGAGAGGGGUCAGGAGCCGGGUGGAGAAGGUGAUCAAGGACGCGGGUGGUAACCUUGGGUUCGUGUCCUGGGCGGAGGGCCUGCACAUAGGAGCAGGCACACGGUUGCACAUCAACGGGUGGACAGGAGACAGGGUCGCGGUGGAAAGAGGGGUGCGUCAAUGUUGUCCGCUAGCACCGUACCUCUUCUUGUGCGCGGUAGAGCCGCUCUGUCAAGAAAUUGCGCAACGAAGGCUGGGGGUGGGAGACGAAGGUGCAGAGAAGCUGGCGUACCUGGGAUACGCCGACGACACGUCGCUCUUGCUGCAGGGGGAAGAGCAGCUGGCUGCAGCGGCUGAAGUGCUGGAAAAUUUCGGGAAGGCAUCAGGGCUGAAGGUGAACAAAGAUAAGACGGUGGUCUUUCCACUCGGGGAAAACAGGGGGGAGCCUCCGCCGGCAGACCUGCAAUUCAAAUGGGCAGACAAGGCGGCACCGGAGAGACUGUUAGGUGUUUGGAUCACUCCGAACGGCGACCCACUCCCGUCCCAGGAGAAGGCUUUGGACAGGGCGCGAAAAGAGUUAGCCAAAUGGGAAAUUCAGCAUUUAACGACGUCAGCAAGGGUCACGAUAAUCAACGGGUACAUAUCGCCUAUCUUCAUGUUUCAGGCGUACAUAUACCCGCCGCCGGAGGAGAUCUGGACAAAAAUCAAGCGGAUCUAUCACCAUUUUGUGUCGGAAGGGGAGGCGACGGAGGAAAAGGCCUUCGUCCUCUGGAACUACGAGCUGGUAUGCACACCCCUGGAAGAGGGAGGGCUGGGGAUGAUAUGCCCCAAGAAGCGUUUCGACAGCAUAGCGGUGCAGAAUGUCGGCCGCAUGAUGCUGCAAACAAACCCCGUUAAGAAGUGGCUGACGGAGCAGGCGGCGGCGAUGCCUCUGGGACCGGACACAAUCUACGCUCAUCAGUCCCUGCUGAGACACUGGAAGGAGGGUAGUAAACGCUGGAAGGAUAUGACACAAGCUUUCUGGAAGUCACCUUUCUGCGUCACCCCGGAGCCAAGUAAUCGCUGGGAGGUGGAGCGGGAGAAGUUGGCGUUUAACAGGCGCAUACCUUUCACGGGGGCCAGUCCGUUCGGAAAUCAAAAAGGUUAG